AUGAGCUCGACGAAAAUAGCUAUCGUGCGAAAUGCGGCGUUGACACAUACACCCAGAAGCCUGAUACCCAGACCGUUUUCUACAGUGACCAGGAGGCAAAAUGCAGGUUCGCAGGCGAACGGAAGCGCUGAAGCCUCAGAUUCACAGGCGCACGAUAAACCCGAAGAAGAGAGUGCCAUGCAGAGAAGACUAGCCGAAAUGACCGAACAAGCGAUGCUCGAAGGAGGUCGAUCAGCAAGCAAGAACAUGGAGGACGCGGGGUUCUCGGAGGAUCUGAAGAAACAGCUACAGGAGAGACUUGCAGCAACCGAAUUUAAGAAUGCGUACCCAGCUGCCCAUUCCAUCAUAAAUAUGCCAGACAGCGCAGGUAAAGGUACUCGCGACAUCGCCGGAGCUGCGCCCUGGACAGGAACGGAAAACCUCCACGAUGUCACUCUGCGCAUGCUAGACAGUUCGAAGAAACCGAUGCGCGUCCCUUAUAAGAUCCCUCAGCCCGACCCCGUCGACAUGCGCAUCACCCCCAAGUCCUCGAAACCCGCCGGUAUCCGGAUCGCGAGUGCAAAAGAGCGCAGUGCCGCAUACACACUUAGCCAAAGCCCUGGUAUUUCAGAGGAAGAGCGCGAGGCGAUGCGGAAGGAGAUGCAGGAUAGAUUCACGGUUGGGGCUCGACCGAUGCCAAUGACGCUUCAAGGGUUGACCUCGCUUGCGAACGAGCGGAUAGAGGAUGCAAUAGCGCGGGGACAGUUCAAUAACAUCAAGCGAGGGAAGGGCGUCAACGUCCAGGCGGAUCACAACGCCAACAGCGCCUUUAUCGACACUACCGAAUACUUUCUAAAUAAGAUCAUACAGAAGCAGGAGAUCGUGCCACCGUGGAUCGAGAAGCAACAAGAGCUAGCCAGGGAGGUUGAUCGAUUUCGUCAGCGCUUAAGAGUCGAGUGGAGGCGACAUGCUGCAAGGUUGAUUGCCAGCGAAGGAGGGUCCUUGGAGGCCCAGAUGAGACGCGCGCAGGCUUAUGCGGCCGCCGAGGCUCGACUCGCGCAGAAAGCCAAGAUAGAGCGAGCUUUUCGAGAUGGCGAAGGCUCUGCGUCUUCCGAAACACCCGCGGAAAUUACGAUUUCAGGAACUGACCUAGAGCUUGGUCAUGAACACAUACCAUAUCUUUCACCCCUCCGUGAUUCGCAGUAUAUCGCGACUGAGCGUGCGUAUCACGAACUGACAAUAAAGCACCUCAACGCACUUACUCGAUCCUAUAACCUUCAAGCGCCACCCGUCGCACAAAAGCCAUAUCUCAAUUUGGAACGAGAGCUCUCGAAUUGUUACGCAGAAGUGGCUCCAAGUUUGGCUGAGGAGAUCCAACGUCGCGCGACUGAAAGAGCCAGCAGCUCUCGGUCAACAGCAGCAUCCAAAGCAAGCAAGGUAUUCGAUGCUCUCAGCACAACGCAGACGUCUCGAGUAUACGACGAAGAUGAAGCGAAAGGUUAUGGGUUCAAGGAACUGGUGCGGGACUGGUUCUCAAGAAAGAAAGAUAGGUAG